GUUUACUUGUGUUUUGGCAUUGUCGCUGCAUUUCUGUUGGAUCCCGUUUACACCAAUGGACUGACAUCAGCUAGCAGAGAUGCUGUUUAAAGAUCUCCCCAGAGAGGCCCUGAUGCGGCCCUUGUCUAGAAAUGAAGUGGUGGGCAUGUUGCUGAGGUUGACCAUCUUUGGUGCAGCGACUUACUACAGCAUCAAAUGGGUUGUGGAAGCUAUGGACCCUACCUCCAAACAGAAAAACCAAGCCAAGAAAAGGGCUGAACAGCUGAUGAAGAGGAUUGGUGUUGAGGGGGUCAAACUAACAGAGUAUGAGAUGAACAUUGCAUCUCACCUAGUUGAUCCACAAACUAUGAAGGUGUCCUGGAGAGACAUAGCAGGUCUGGAUGAGGUUAUAAAUGAGCUGCAAGACACAGUCAUCCUGCCUUUUCAGAAAAGACAUCUUUUAGCUGGAUCCAAACUCUUUCAGCCUCCUAAAGGUGUUUUAUUGUUUGGCCCGCCGGGAUGUGGGAAGACCAUGAUCGCCAAGGCAACAGCCAAAGCCUCGGGCUGCAAGUUCAUCAACCUUCAGGCCUCCACGCUGACAGACAUGUGGUACGGCGAAUCACAGAAGCUGACCGCCGCUGUCUUCUCAUUGGCCGUCAAAAUCCAGCCCUGUAUCGUAUUUAUCGAUGAGAUUGAGUCAUUUCUGAGGAACCGCUCCAGUCUGGACCAUGAGGCCACAGCCAUGAUGAAAGCCCAGUUCAUGAGCCUGUGGGACGGCCUGGAUACUUCCUCAACCACCCAGGUGAUGGUGAUGGGAGCUACAAACAGGCCACAGGACGUGGAUCCAGCCAUCCUGCGCAGGAUGCCCACCACUUUUCAUGUUGGCCUGCCCAACACAAGACAAAGACAGGACAUCCUGAGGCUGAUUCUAGCAGGAGAAAACACUUGUGGAUGCGGAUGCUGUGGAGAGGUUGCGGCCAGUCACCCAGCUGGACCUCCUCUUCGGACUGGACAAGAUGAAGGAAUCCAAGCAGGCCACAGCCUUCAGGUUACCCAGCGUGUCGGAGGUUCCCCUGGACUAACCCCCAACACAGCACCACCGGUGGGAAACGCUUCCACACAGUGUUCACAGUGUGCUCCACGUCUCCAGGCGGAGGCUCCUCCAACAUGUCAGAGGUGCGGUUGGAAAAACCAGCAAGCAGCCAUACUUUUCUUAAAGUUUAUUUAUCCAGGCAGCGGUUGUUCUGAGCAUGCUCAUUUUCAGCUCAACCCUGCUGCAUGUGUACAGUUAUAAUACAUUCAGAAAUCUGAUAUCUCCCAGAAGCCGCUGAACAGCCCUGCUGGAGAGCUUUAGUCAAUGUGAGUGUUUUGCUCAAGAGGACGUCGAAGUUUGUCUGGAAGCAGAGAAAACCUUUUUCAUAAACUUUAGGAAUCUGUCCGAAGUUACUGCUAGUAAUACUAAAAACCACUCGAUGACACCACUGUAAGGUCUCAUAUACCCACCUCUGACUCACACCUGACCAUGACCAGAGGGGAUGAAGCACCAUGACUCAUGAUUCAUGAGUCUGCAGUCCAGACCAGAGUAAUCCUUAAACCAACCAUCACUAUCAUCUUUCUUUUUCGGGCAAACACAUGUUUGAAUAACAAAGACUUUAAAGUGAUAUCAUCCGAGCACUUUGGAAGAAAUGAUUCAGCUGAUCCUGGUGCCCCCAAAUCACCUUACACUGGAGUCUCUGCAAGUGUUGUAUGAUAGCAAAUCACUCAUUUUCUCAGUUAUAUCACUUUUGCAAAUAAUGUGUCUAGCAAAAAAAAUGCUUUUUAAUUUUCAGGAAUAUCGAUAUCCAAUCAAAUCAAAUUUUAUGGCUUUCUCUUUUGUUAAUGUCAGAUUUAAGUUUAAUUAUUGAAAAACAACUCCACCUCCAUCUCUUACCCCGAACCUGCUUCGAUGAAAAUUGAAACAACAGUUGCUUUCUCCUAGUGGAUGCACUGUUUAGACUGUUUUUAAAAGCCGACUAGAACAUUGGAUGCCAUUACUUCAGGCCUCCCAUGAUCAGUCACAUAGUUGAUCAGCGGCAUUGUUUUUCUGGUUUGCGUCUCUCCUCCAACUGCACUGAUGUGGUACUCAUCGUGUAAUGAGUUACCACUGCCAAGGAGGAUGGAGUAGCAUGUCAAGUGUAUGUUUUUGGUCACAAAGUGAGCACUUCUCUCUUAUACUAUAUGUAAAUGUUUUCAUUUAGAGACCCGGUGGUACUGAUUCAACCUUGCUUAUCACUUCUCGGCACAUUAGGACAUAAUUUUUAUUUCAAUUUUAAAUAAAAGCGAACUAAUCACAGUGUAAGUUUGAAUUAUUACGCUCCUUUCUCAGAGCUGUCAGAAACAAGGGUGAAAUGGAGAUGGGGGCACCACUUAAACCCUGUAAUAGGAACUUCAGUGAUCAGAGCCAGGAGCAGCUCCGGCUACAUGGCUAUAAAAGAGACUCAUGUAUUGUAUCACUGCUCAGUCUUUCUCAACUGUUAGCAGGUGUAUCAUAGGAAUCGUGCUGUGUGCAUGUUUGUAAAUGUGGGUUAGAGUUGAGACCAAGACUUAAAAUGCAGAUGAAGUUAGCCGAUCCAGUGAAUGGUCUUCAGUGUAUUAAAUGCUGCUUUGUAACAGCAUUUAGUAUAUUUUUCCACCCAAAACGACAAUAGCUGUUACUUUGUGGAAUCAGUCACACAGUCAGAGCUUUUUUAGUGUCAUAUUUAUUUUAUUGUCAUUAAUGAGUCUCCUUUGUUUUGCUUUGGACACUUUUGUAAUGAACUGUUCAUGUUCCGUUCUGUGCAUCAAUCAGUGACUGACAGCAGCAUCUGUCGCUGCAGCACACAUCAGGCCUCUCUGUGUCAGUCUACUUUUAUUCUCACUUUAAAGGGAUCGCGGCUUUAACAUUCACUUUUCAAUCAGUUGUCAGCCUGAAGUGGUUGCGACAUGUUUUUUCUUACCUUCCCUCUGUUAAAAAAAAAAAAAAAAAAGCCUCAUUAUUUGCCACAUGGCCACAGCAUGUGUUCACAGAUCUGUCCGUGGCUCUUAUGCAGACCUUCCUCCCACGCAGUCUUAGCAAAGCAAGGGCACGUCUGUCAUUCAGCCGUGACCACGUGGUGGCACUGUAGCGUCACUGUCUGCUUCGCUGCUAUAUGGACAGGAUAUGGACUGCUGUCAUGUCGAGCACUUUUAUAGCGUUACGGUCAGACAAUGAAAUAGAGAACCUGAUAACUAGAUUAUGUCUCCCUUAUUGGUUUAUUCACUGCUGCUCUUCAUUAGAGUAUCUCAGGUGACAGCGAAAGGUCAAAAUGUUGCCAUGUAAACAAGUAAUUGUGUCACCGCAGGUUCCCUUUCUUGGAGAAAGGUAACGCCUGUGUAAAUGCUUUCCCUCAAUUUAACAUCACACAUCAGGUCAUUAGUUAUGUUGCAAGAGACUAAAUCUGUGGAUACAAAGUGUCCAUAUGCAGUUACUGUUCAUCCGGUUGUCAGCUACGUGUAUGUGUUGAAAAUCAUAUGUUAACCAUGUACUGUAAAGUGUAUUUAUUAGAUGACAGAAGAAGAAAAUAUUUAUCCUUUUUCAACCAGCAAAAUGUUACCUCAUUUAUUUCAGCAUGAAUUUCAACCUGUUUAUCUUUGUCCUGUUCAAGUGUAUUUAAUGUAAUAAAUCUCGUC